CGGCGCUGGCGCGGCCUGGCUCGGGGCGCUGUACUCGUCCUCCGACCCCGUGAGGCUGCUGCAGGCGGACACGGUGCGCGGUGCCGUGCUCAACUCCCGCAGCGCCUGGGCCGUGGAGUUCUUCGCUUCCUGGUGCGGCCACUGCAUCGCCUUCGCCCCGACAUGGAAGGCGCUGGCCAACGAUGUCAAGGGCUGGAGUCCGGCGCUGAAUCUUGCCGCCCUGGAUUGUGCUGAUGAAACCAACAACGCUGUCUGCAGAGACUUCAACAUCCUUGGCUUCCCAAGUGUGAAGUUCUUUAAGGCCUUUUCCAAGAAUGGCUCAGAAACAACAUUGCCAGUGGCUGGUGCUAAUGUGCAGACGCUGCGGGAGAGACUUAUCGAUGCCCUGGAGUCCCAUGACACGUGGCCCCCAGCCUGUCCACCACUGGAACCUGCCAAGCUGGAGGAGAUUGAUGGAUUCUUUGCAAGAAACAGUGAAGAGUACCUGGCCCUGAUCUUUGAGCAGGAAGGCUCCUACCUGGGUAGAGAGGUGACUCUGGACCUGUCCCAGCACCAAGGCAUAGCAGUGCGCAGGGUCUUGAACACAGAGGGCAACGUGGUGAGCAAGUUUGGUGUCACAGACUUCCCAUCUUGCUACCUGCUGUUUCGGAACGGCUCUGUCUCCCGAGUCCCCGUGCUAAAGGAGUCCAGGUCCUUCUACACUGCCUACCUGCAGAGGCUCUCUGGGCUCACCAGGGAGGCUACCCCAGCCACAGCUGUACCAACCACUCCUGACAAGAUAGCGCCCACAGUGUGGAAAUUUGCGGAUCGCUCCAAGAUCUACAUGGCUGACCUGGAAUCUGCACUACACUACAUCCUGCAGGUAGAAGUGGGCAAGUUCUCGGUCCUGGAAGGGCCGCGCCUGGUGGCCCUGAAGAAGUUCGUGGCAGUGUUGGCCAAGUACUUUCCUGGCCAGCCCUUGGUCCAGAACUUCCUGCACUCCAUAAAUGACUGGCUUAAGAGGCAGCAUAGAAAGAAAAAAAUUCCUUAUAGUUUCUUCAAAACUGCCCUGGACAGCAGGAGGGAGGAUGCUGUUCUUACCAAGAAGGUGCACUGGGUUGGCUGCCAGGGAAGUGAGCCACAUUUCCGGGGCUUUCCCUGCUCCCUGUGGCUCCUCUUCCACUCUCUGACUGUGCAGGCAAGUCGGCAGAGUGCAGACCGCUCACAGAAGCCAGCCGAUGGCCAGGAGGUCCUCCAGGCCAUCCGGAACUAUGUCUACUACUUCUUCGGCUGCCGAGACUGUGCUAACCAUUUUGAACAGAUGGCUGCUGGCUCCAUGCAUGGGGUGAGAAGUCCGAAUGAUGCGGUCCUCUGGCUCUGGACGAGCCACAACAGGGUCAAUGCUCGCCUUGCAGGUGCCCCCAGUGAGGACCCGCAGUUCCCCAAGGUGCAGUGGCCACCCCGCGAACUCUGCUCUGCCUGUCACAAUGAACUCAGCGGGGAGCCUGUAUGGGAUGUGGGUGCCACUCUGCGCUUCCUCAAGGCCCACUUCUCCCCAGGAAACAUGGUCCUACACGCCCCUCCAGCUGGACCAGCCUCCCGGCGCAGUGCACGCAGUUUGGCCACUCCCCCAAACCUGGGGGUGAGAGCUCUGGGACUGGUGACCAGAGACUCAAUGCUGGCCCCUGAGCCAGCCAAUAUCGCAGCGUCCACUGGAAGCACUGCUGAGCCAGAUAUUCCAGCAGAGAGACCUGAGCCCAGGAGGGUGGGAAGUCUAGGAGAGCCAGUUGCUCCAGUGAACCCCCUGUGUCUGCUGGGAAGCUUUUUGAAGCCCUGUCCCACUCGUGAUGAAGCCUCAGUCUCUCCUGCUUGGCCUUAGCCCUAAAUCGGGGCGAGCAAGCCCAGUUUCCAAGGUAUCUCAUCCGUCCACUCCUCUUCCUUCUGGAUAUGAAGAGGCCUUUGCACCUGAAAAGAAAGGGCUACGUCUGACCCUUUCUGGCUCGCUCAGCCUCCAGCUCCUCAGACCUCUGUGGGGUUUAGCUUGGGGUGAGAGUGGGUUUCUGGAAGUCAUGUGGUCUCCAGGACCAGGGCUUGUGCUACAAGAAGAAUAUAGGUUGGGGUAGGUGUGGACUUGUCCAGCAGGGCAGGCAGCAGUUGCUGGCUGUGGGAUGCGUGGCUCGAUUGCUGGGUGCUGACAUGGUGGGGGACAUGGGGAAGGGUGCUGGGAUCUGUUGUACCUUGGCUGUGGGCUUAGUGAUGAGAGGUUGUAGAGAAGACAUGAGAAAGGAUUCACUUUGGCUUCUCGUUAGGUUGUACUCCUCUGAGCAGAGUCUUUUGUGCUUUAUUUUAGUCUCCAAAAUCAGUGCUAACAUUUGGAUGUGGAGGGUGCUGGGAGGGGACAGUGUCCUCUUUCUCCUUUCCAUCUUCUAGCGGGUAGAGGUUCAUAGGGCCAGAGGGCAGGGCAAUGCUGUACACAUGCUUGAUUCUCGCUCUACCCCACCACUUGGGAGGGGUGUAGAAUAAAUUAUUUUUAUUAAGGCA